GGGUUUUUCAGUACUUGUGUUGCUAGAAUUAGAGGUCAGCCGUCCGCGGGCACGGGAUGGCAAGCGGUGGCCACGGAGGGUGAUGAGGUGGAGAUGGUUGAUAAUCGGACUUCACGUUUAAGCAGUUGAUGAUGCAACCCACGAUCUUAUGCAUAAGGUCGACCAACGCUUCUUACGUGCCACGCAUUGAUACUUGCUGGGCCAAUAUUGCUGGUUCCCGAUAAUAUCCGAUUCAGCACUGUGCUGGCUAUGCGUGAGAUUUUGGACUGCAGUCGUUCGUUCGUAUAAGAGCAAGCGUUGUUGUGAAACAGGGACCCACACCAUCAACUUGCCAUCCACUCUUCAAAUCUGUAUUCUUAUAUAUCUAUUUGUACAACAUCAAGUAUGGCAGCUGAGCACAAGUAUCAGCUUAAUGUUAAGAUGACUUGCGGAGGUUGUUCUGGAGCCGUCACCCGUGUACUGAACAAGGCGAAGGAGGAUGGAUUAGUGUCGAAUUUCGAUGUGAGCUUGGAGACCCAGCUCGUGGACGUGACAGGUCCUAUCGGAGAAGAGGCCUUGGUGGAGAAGAUUCGGAAGACGGGCAAGCAGAUUAUCUCGGUCAAGGCUCUAGAUAAGUCCGAGGCUGCAGUGGUCUGAAGUUAAUACCGUGGAAUGCCGCAGGCGAUGGAUCACAGCAGGUUUUGCAGAGUUAUUCUGAUAUCCUAGGGAUUGCCUGACGACUGUUUUAACUCAGAGAGCUGUUUCAAGGUUUUAGGAGUAGUUAGUGUCUAUUUAUUUUAAUCUGAAGAUAUAUCUUUAUGAUGAUUGUAGACGGAUUAGCAAUCGGACUAAGUGAGCUUUGAUCGUCAGGGUCAUAGAGACACGUGGCACGUGGUAUUGACGUGGAUUAUGAAGUUCGCUUAGUCGCGU